GCAGUGGCACCCUUUCACAGCUGUAUAGGCGUCGCGCGCAUCUCAUUCGACUCGUUCCGCGACAGCAGAAAUCAAGAUGGCGCUCCUCUGUUUGCGGAUAGUUCUGCGACGGAUAUAAAUACGUGAAAAAAACAGUGCGAGAAACGGUUACGGGCAAUUGAGUAGGUCGUGGCGAUCGGUAUACGCUAAUCGUAGAGUGUUGGUCGGCUGGUAACGCGUCGCGAUAACUGUAAAGCACGAUAGCCGGUUAAGCCGCUGCGGUAUUUCGAACGUCGGCGAAGGUGCUGUCGGUGCCCACCUGAGGAAUGCCAGAUUAUCCUCGCUACGGCAACUCGCUCGGCAGGGGGAUGCUAAUCGCGUGAGGGAUCGCGUGCAAGUUGAUCGAAAGUGUUCUCGUUGGUGAUCCCCCGCCAAGGUGUACGGUCGUUUUCUUCCGUGACGUAUGUGUGUCGCGGAGGGUUGCGAGACAGGUCGGUCGCGAGUGUCGUCGUCGUCGUCGUCGUCGUCGCCGUCGUCGCUGUCGUCGUGGUCGGGUCCGUGUUCGUGUUCGUGCUUGGUGUGCCGCGAGUGGCGUUUUUCGCGGCUUCGAUGCGCUCUCGUCCUCCCCUGGAUUUCUGGACAGGCGAGAUCAGCUGCUGCUGGAACAACUAGUCCGGCGGCUCCGGGAGACGAUACCCUUCGACAGGAGCGGUGGGGCAAGGAGGUGCCGGAAGCAGCCGCGAGUCCGGAAGCAUAACGAAGAAGAUGGCCUUCAACGAGUUUAUCCAAAUUAUGCACCGCGGCGACGAAUGAAAUUGCGGAUCCCUGGACGGACGAUUAAUCGUUUGACCACCGACGACCGGUCGGCGAAAAGGGCGAAAAUGUUCGUCGCUAUGGUAUUGCACAAGCACAGCAAGCACAACAAUGGGAACCACUCGAACCAUCAUUCGAGCAACAACAAUACCACCCGCACAACCAAUAACCUGAACAACAAUCACAUCAACAAUAACGUCACCAAUUUGAAUCAGACCUUCAACGCGAGAGCGAAGGUGGACCCCGAGCUGAUAUUCACGAAACAAGAACGAAUUGGGAAGGGUAGUUUCGGCGAGGUGUUCAAAGGCAUCGACAAUAGGACCCAGCAGGUUGUCGCCAUCAAGAUCAUCGAUCUCGAGGAGGCGGAGGAUGAGAUCGAAGAUAUACAGCAGGAAAUCAUGGUGCUGUCACAGUGCGACAGCCCAUACGUCACCAAGUAUUAUGGGUCCUAUCUCAAGGGAACGAAACUAUGGAUUAUUAUGGAGUACUUGGGUGGUGGCUCGGCCCUGGACUUGAUGAAGGCCGGUAGCUUCGAGGAAAUGCACAUCGCGGUGAUAUUGCGCGAGGUGCUCAAAGGGUUGGAUUAUCUUCACAGUGAACGGAAGCUUCAUCGUGAUAUUAAAGCGGCGAACGUUUUGUUGAGCGAAAUGGGCGACGUUAAAUUAGCAGACUUCGGUGUGGCUGGCCAAUUGACCAACACGACCAGUAAAAGGAACACUUUCGUUGGUACACCGUUCUGGAUGGCACCGGAAGUCAUCAAGCAAGCUUCCUACGAUUCCAAGGCUGACAUUUGGUCGCUCGGCAUCACCGCGAUCGAAUUGGCGAAAGGAGAACCGCCGAACAGCGAACUGCAUCCUAUGAGGGUCCUGUUCCUUAUACCGAAGAACAAUCCGCCUCAACUAACCGGAAAUUACACGAAACAGUUCAAGGAGUUCGUCGAGGCCUGUCUAAACAAGGACCCUGAAAACAGGCCAACGGCGAAAGAGCUGUUGAAGUUCCAGUUCAUCAGAAAGGCGAAGAAAAACUCGUACCUGAUCGACCUCAUAGACCGGUACAAAAAGUGGAAGUCGCAGCGCAGCGAGGAAUCCGAAACGGAGAGCGAGAAUUCGGACUCGGAAGAGUCGAAGCAGGAUAGCGACAUGGACGAACCAUGGAUAAUGACCGUGAAAGGUCCACACGGUGUCAAAGGAUCCGUGGUACCCAUGCUACCGUUGGACGAGCAACCAGCCUCGUUAACCUUAACACACACGCCGAACCACAGGUCCUCGAAUCACAAUCAGCAAACUAAGCCGCACGCCAACGGAGCCUCGAGAUCUCCGCCAAAGGAUUCCACGUUGAAUCAUUACAGGAGCGAGUCGAGGGACUCUGUUCGCGAUGGUCAAGCGAAACACACGCCGUCCCGGCCACACGAGGCCGCGCCACCACCGCCCGUAGACACGCGAGAGAAACGAGAGGAUCGCGAUUACCGGGACUUCGAUCGGGAUCCCUCUUUGAGGGAAUUGAAGGACACGCGAGACACCAGAGACAGCAGAGACAGAGAGAGGGACAGGGAAGGACGGGACAGGGAAAGGGAGAGGGAUAGGGAUAGGGGUAGGGACAGAGAGUUCAGUUCGAGAGAGAAGACAAGGAGCGGCAAACGGGAUGUACCUGUCGUACCUAUGGCAGACCAUAGGCCUGGUGAAGAGAAACAGAGACCGAGGAGCUCCCAGGAACUGAAGCAUCCUCGAAGCGCAGCUUUUUCCGGUGUCCUUUUACCUCUCCUUGCCGAGCUUCAACGGAAGCAUCAAUAUUCGGCAAGAGACAAUAACGGCGAGGGCGGAAGUGGUAUAGGCAAGAAUGGCGGAUCCACGAUAGAGGAACUACGCAGCGCCUUUGAAACAGCGGAACGCGCUUCACCUGGAAUGACGGAGACCCUUAUCAGGGAACUCCUUAAGUCUUUACUUCCUGCCAAUCACUCGGAUGGCCGUUUGUCUAUGCUGAUGGAAAAAGUAAUCCUAAGGGAUACGUAGGGACGCGAGAGGGCGAGGGUUCGCAAGAGAUUGUGGUCCGAAAACAUCCUGACGUUGUAACGAUCCGUUAUAUCUCGUUUAACAGAGUUAUUAUUCCGUACGAGCCGGUACGUUGUUGACGAUUGCCAACUCCGAACGUGAGAGGAGAAGUAGAAGAAGAACGUCGCCGCAACGACCCGGACAUUUUUCUUUACCUUUGGUCCAGCGUAGGCUAAACUAAGGCAGCCGAACUCGUCAUAGAGCGUUCUUUAUUCCGUCUUCGUUUCUUUCCAAUUCGAUGCAAAGUAUUCGUGGAUUAGUUGCAACACGAAGCUUUGUUUGAAAAAUUACCUCGUUCCAAAAUACGAACGAACGAAUUUUCCAUUUUAACCAGAGAAACUUAGAGAUUUAUCUAUCGCAGUAUAAAGAAAAAGAAAAUGAAAAAAAAAAAAUGAAAUUAUACCAUCCAAUUGUCCUCGUACGAGGACUACAGUUACCGUUAUAUAAAAAAAAAAAGAAUAUUAGUCCCCCACCUAUCCUCGAUCGUUAAAGAUUAGUAUUUGAAAAAAAUUAAGAGGAAAAAGCAAAGAAAAUGUAGGAGAUAGUUGAGAAAUAUUUUUACAAAUCGUGCAACCACCCGUUCAGGAUUCUUCGUACGUUCUUCGUGUUCGGUGUUCGACGCAUCCUCAAACAGCGAAAGAUGAUGUAGCGUAGAUUUCAACAAACGUGUCUGGUGUAUAACAAGAAAAAAAAGGGGGGGAGGGGGGGGGUUAAUCGUUGAAGGUAUCAUCUUGCCUCGUUGUAGAUACAUCCGGAACAUGCACUAUCACCCAUAUCACUAGAAUGUCUUAAUCGUUUCUAUCUCGCGUUGAUUCCUUUUUAAGUGUUCGAAAACGAAACGCUUUGAACGGACUGUAAAGUCGGACAAUAUUUAUUUAAGCGGUUUAUAACUGAACGGAGGGGGAGAAAGUUGAAUUAGCAGGGGCAGAGGAGAACUGCUGUUUAAACGAACGCCUUCAUGUUGCUUCCUGGCGUUAGUGCACGUUUCGGAUCCGAUGGAGAAUCGAGAAAGGAAGAAGAGCAGCGCCUCCGCGAUCCGGAGGCUUUGUAAAUAUGUAUGUAGCACGAUAAGAUAGUCUUAUUGUUCUAACGAUCGACGUCUCUGCCAGUCGGUUGCGCAGCUCCGUAACGCGAUCCUCUUUUACCCUACACUUUCUACCAUUAACAAGGAACAUCAGCUAAUUGCCCUCUCCCGAUUUUUAUGAAAAAUUCGCAGGCUUGUAGAACAGGCAAAAAAAACGCGUUAUUCAAAGAAUAAUUUCACCCCCUUAAAGUUGAAUCUCCAUCAAUAUAAAAUAAUAGUUAACUCUUAGUUUCGUCUGAUCUGAAAGCCUGCAAAGUUUCAUUCAACUUAAAACUACCCCUUUGGCUGAUAUUUCUUGUCCAUUUCCGUCUCAACGAAGCAGAGUGCGCGAAGGGUGGAAAUUCAUUGUCAGACGCGAGUUCGAUUAAGAAAACAUAGCGGUAAGCGGUAUUCUAUUCGAGCGAGUGGUAGCGCGCGAAUCACACGGAGAAUCUAUGCUUUUGUUUUUACUACUUUCACCCCCGUGAACAGGGUGUUCUUCCACUAGUUUCGCCCGGGUAGAGUUCUUCGUCGAGCCGUUCCACGAUCGAGCCUGAGCUGUGAUAACUCCCGCGAGACGUCGGCACUUAAUCCACGUUGUUUGUAAACUAAUGUAUUUUAUAAAGUAUAUAUUAUAUAUAUAGAAAGAGAGAGAAAGAGGUACGAAGAAAUUCUUCGUGAGGAAAGAUAGAAAGCAGAGAAAUUAAAAAUAAUCUCAACGGAUACAAGCUGGAUGAUCGCGAACGAUAACGUCCGUUCGUGUGCCAUCCUUGCAGAUUGAAACGAAGAAAUUGUAAGAGGGUGAUAGAAUGAAAGUGAGAGAGAGAGAGAGAGAGCAAGGGAACGCGUGUGUGUGUAAAAGAGUGAGAAAGAGAAGAGAACGAAAAAUAAAAGCGUUUAGCGUUGCGCGAGGGUGGAAGUUAACGUAAAAAGUUGUAACGAGAAGAUUAGUAUUAAUUAACAGGAAAUCGUGCUGAAACGAACAGAGAGGUGACAGAGAGACCUAACUAUCGUAAGCACGCAAAUACAUGUUACGUAGUUGCGUUUUAUUCCAGUCAGCGAGACGGUCAAUGGGAGAGAAC